AUGGUCAGAAUAGGAUUGGAUUUGGAUCUUUUCAAUAUUCUCAGUCAAGCGGGCGGACCUUUGAGUGUGGCUGAAAUAGCUGCCAAAGUAGGUGCUGCACCUACGCUGACCGGGCGUAUCCUCCGAUAUCUGAAUUCGGUGAGAGCAAUUGGCGAGACUUCAAAAGACCAUUUUGAAGCCAACAACAUCACACGCUCUCUCAGCGACCCUGGAGUUCGAGGUGCUAUAUACCACAACUCAUGGAACGUAGGCCCCAUUGCCUUGGCCUUUCCCGAGUUCUUGAAAAAGCACAAAUACCAGGACAUCACCAGUCCAACCACCACCGCGUUCCAACUAGCGUACAACACAGAGCUUCCUGCCUUCCUCUGGCUCCAGUCCGAGCCGGAGCACUACAGCCAUUUCAAUCGCUACAUGCAAGCCGAGCAACAGGGACUCCAAUCCUGGAUGGAAACCUACCCGAUUGAAGAAAAGUCGCACGAUCUGGAACCAGAGCAAAUCUUCUUCGUAGACAUCGGCGGUGGAAUUGGCCACCAAGCUGUCGGUGUGAAGCAAUGGAUCCCGCAGAUUACGAACCAAAUCAUCGUCCAAGACCAGGAAGUCGUCAUUCCCCAUGCCAUUCAGCAAGAAGGCGUCAAAGCAAUGGCUUAUGAUUUCUUCCAGCCUCAGCCCGUCAAAGGUGCUCGGAUUUAUUACAUGCGCAGCAUUAUUCACGACUGGCCAGAUGAAAAAGCCGUUGAGAUUCUCAAAAAUACCAUGGAUGCACUUGGCCCGGACUCUGUCAUUCUCAUUGAUGAUAGAGUGCUUCCCAACGCUGGCGUGCACUGGUAUGGAACUGUGCUCGAUAUGACUAUGAUGUCGGGCCUGGCGGCACAGGAGCGCACGGAGGAGCAGUGGAACAAUUUGAUGGAGAAGGCAGGCCUCAAGAUCCAGAAUGUCUGGACUUACAGGCACCCCUAUCACUCUAUCCUGGAAUGUGUUCCGGUAAAUUAG